AUGGACGAGCCACAGUACGACCCGCGUCGCCCAAUGCCUACCCUCAACGUCGCAUCGCAAUACCGUUUAGCAAACUGCCCCGGUAAGAGCAUUAUCGGGUUGCUUGUCAAUUUCCCCCCGAAUGGCUCGACUCCCCCACAUCGACAUGGCGGCGCAUCCGUUUCUGCAUAUGUCAUCAGCGGGACACUGUUGAACAAGAUGAACGACGAUCCGAUGAAAAUAAUCAAAACGGGAGGUUCCUGGUACGAAGCUCCGGGAUGUCAUCAUCGCAUCAGCGAUAACGCAAGCAAGACCGAACCGGCUACCUUGUUUGCGUCCAUGAUUCUCAAUACGGAGGUGUAUGAGCGGGAUGGGAUGGCGGCAUUGAUACAGAUUGAUGAGGAAUACAGUGUGUAA